UUGGGUCACAUGACCUGUGCACAGCUGAGGGACGCUGAAGUAGGCUUGCCUGCUGUUGCUAGCUUGGUAGCCACCUUAGCUGCGCUUGGCAAUCCUGGCAGACACAGCCGAUUCUUCUCACCCUCUUAAGCCAAACCACAGGAGGGAGACAUACGGCAGGCCAUGGGGAGGACGCAGCGCAUGUGGUCGUCGUUCGUAUCCCCUCUUAUCGUCAGUUUUAGGUUAGAUGUCAAUGUCAUAGUAUAUAGCUAAAGCUGUCCAGCUAGCUCAUCGAGCCUGUGUCUGGUUAGCGGAGGGCCAAGGCCAAGGCCGAGCGAGAAAAGAGAGGCCGUAGUCGGGUGAGUAAAUCUACGCUCAGGUCUGUUUUAUCACCGUGUUAACCAGUUUCACGUUAACCCACAUCUCAUAUCAACUUGUUGGUUGACAAAUGUUACACCACCGAUGUGUGGUUUAGAUUUUUACAGGGAGGUGCUGCAAUUGUUGGUGUUAAAUUAACAACAGUGUGUCAAUAAUGUUCAGAUCGGCCCAAACAGGCUGUGUAAUUACACCUUUUUAGCGUCCGAGAGCCGUAGUAGGAACAGCUGAGAGCGAUGUGAGGUUGAAUUAAUGGAAAUGAUUUCUAUUCUUGUGUUUGCCUUUUAAGAUCUAGUGUUAAGCUCCCUAAUUAAUUAUACUGAUAUAGAAAAUAUGUCAUUUUCCUCAAGUUUGGCCAAUUUUGCUUGACUGUCCCACUCUAAACAUUGUCAUGCAUGUAGACCAAUACAUUUUUACAAUGUUGUUGUCAGGGAUGGACAUAUGUAAUGUGAAUUAUGGGUCUAAAGAGCAGCAUGCUGUGUUCUCACCCUAACACUGUUUCUAAAGCCUUAUCAAACUUCCUUCUAGAAUAUGAAAAUUACAUUAAAUGUCAUGUUUUGACAGCAAAACAUUGUUCUGUUAAAUGCAUGAUCGUCCUAAGUGUAUUUGCUGCAUGCGUUGUGCUUGUGUUUUGCAAAUUUCUCUGAAGGAAAACAUAUUUGGCAUUCUUAGCAGCUGUGACAACUCAAUUUUUCACUAAUAGCUGUAGGGUACAAGCUUCAAAACAUGCUUUUGUACUGACUGACCCAUUUGGUUAAUAAGGAAUUUGUCUUGCCUUGGAGGUCUUUAAAGGUUUUUGGUCUUAUUAAAGAAUGAAAAGACAAACUAUUUCUCCAGCCCCUUUGAAGUUUUAGAGCUCAAUCUCAUUUUGCUCGCCCCAUUAGGGUGUCGCCUGACACUAACAUUGGUUUCCUGGGAAAAGUUAACAGUUGCAUGGCUAGUGAAAGUCAGUGCUGCUCUUUGUUUGUGUUGCUGUUGUAAUCCACCAAGUUUUGUUUCAUAGGUGGGAAGAGGAGGAGAAGAGUGGGACAUCAGAUUUGGAUCAGAACCUUCUUUGAAGACGCCUCACCCACUGUCACCCUCCGCUGAGACAUGUCUUCAUCAGGGUGCUGCCACCUACCCGGCUCCCUUUGUGAUUACUCAGGGAAUGCUGAAUCGGAUGCCUCCAAGGAUUCGGAGGAGUCUGAUUCUACCACACAAGCCCAAUAUAUCGCCAAGGUGACAGCGAAAGAUGGCCGCCCACUCUCUACCGUUGUCAAAGCGGUGAGCUUGCAGAGGUAAGAGGGGGAGGGAGUCAAACAGCGCUCAUGAAUAUACUGUAUAUGUAUUGUUCUGCGGUUGAUCAUAACUUUCUCUCUUCUGUCGCUCCGCAGUGAUGUGGGCAUGUGUCGGAUUUGUCAUGAGGGAGCCGGAGGGGAGACUCUGCUCUCGCCGUGUGACUGCACUGGUACUUUGGGGAAAGUGCACAAGAGCUGCUUGGAGAAGUGGCUGUCCUCCUCGAACACCAGCUACUGUGAACUCUGUCACACAGAAUUCACUAUUGAACGGCGACCACAACCACUGACACAGGUUAGAGGGACUCAAGCGUGGAAAAUGUUCACUAACGGUGAAAAAUAAGUAAUUCUUAAUUUGCUAAUAGUGUCAUGUAAUGUAAAGUAUGUGUGAGCAGAUUUGCUAAUAUAAAUAAGAGUGUUUCCUGGCCUUGUCACAAACCUCUAGUCCAUCGUCGUGGAUAUUUGCCCCAUUGACAGACUUUGCCCCAUCAGCAAAUAAUCUGCCAGGUACUGAUGUCAGUAGUCAAUGUCUGUUGUGUUACAUCAAUGUAUUGUCAGUAAGCUGCUAUAGCUAACUGCUGGUUCAAAGAGGAGUUUUUUUUGUGUUGAAGAAGAAGUUGUCUGUUUGACUGGCUGGUGACUUCAUGCUGAAAUGUGAAAGAAAAUGUCAGCAGUGUGGAAUUUUUCACCUUCUCUGAGAGAGCUCGCCAAGUUCAGUUUGUAAGCUACAGUCUAGUGAAAUUUUGAGUGGAGGGACUACAGUCUAAAUACUUCAAAUCUCAUGGCUCAAGUAUAGCAAAAAAAUUAACACUAACACUGUCUAGAACAAAUCUUAAUGAACAGAUUCUGCAUGUAAAUACAGGGAACUGUACGCAGGGGUAGAAAUAUGCUUGUUUAUGUUUGUAGCAAAAGUAGAACCACUCGCUGGUGUUUCAGUGGGCUUUGGUUGUACAGAAGAAAACAGGCUGUGUGGACUGUAGAAUGAAGCAGGAUGCGAAAACGACAUCAUGCAAUCUGGAUCCCAUCAGUUGUCAGUUGAUGACUUAGCUUUUUGUUGUUGUUGUGCAGUUUACAAUCAGGUUUCCUCUCACACGCUCAUUUAUCUCCUCAAGUUCUCAGUCAGACUGUAACUGAUAUGAAUCUCCCGGAGCCUGGAAAUCCUAAAUCAUUUAUCUGAAUAUCCACCAGCUGUGUACACCAGGCCGGGUUAAUGCAGAAUAGCCUGUGACUGAGGUGGGUCUAAAGCUGAUUAUCAUCAUUUUUCUCUUCAGUGGCUGAAGGACCCAGGCCCUCGCAGUGAGAAGCGUACGCUGCUCUGCGACAUGGCCUGCUUCCUGCUAAUCACGCCACUGGCUGCCAUCUCUGGCUGGCUGUGUCUGAGGGGAGCCCAGGACCACCUGCAGCUGAAGAGCAGACUGGAGGCUGUGGGCCUCAUCGCCCUCACCAUCGCCCUCUUCACCAUCUACAUCCUCUGGACACUGGUAACUGAUGCACCAUGGAACUUAUUCUCCUGUGGUAGAGAGAGAGGUGUUCAAAAACCUCAUAUUUAUGAACAUGGAAGUCGAUAUGUUCGAAAUGAUACCUGUGGCAAUACCUUGUUACUCUGUUCUGGUUUAUAUUAUUAUAGCAUUUAGGAGUAUUAACCAUAGAAGCUAUUUUGAGUUAAUUUCUUUUGAUAUUCACUUCUAUAGCUCACACAUGCAUACACACACGCUCAUAACUCAAGCCCCUCUUCUCUAAUUUGAUCAUAGUCUGUAAUAGUUGUAUUUGUUCUAAAGCUGAAACUGAAGUUUUUAACAUCAAAGAAGCAUCAGAAAUGACUAGUUGUAAAAGAUUAGCUCUUUAGCUUCUAAGCCAUCAUGCUGCUCCACAUCCAUGCUUCUCUGUCUCAGGUAUCCUGCCGUCACUUGUACUAAUGUUUGUUUUUCCCCUCUGUCCUCUACUCCUGUCUCACCCCCUCCCUCUCCUUUCAUCCUAAUCUCAGGUGUCGUUUCGGUAUCACUGUCAGUUGUACUCCGAGUGGAGGAGGACCAAUCAGAAAGUGCGCCUGCUCAUGCCCGACAUGAAAGGAGCGCACACCACCCAACGAUCUGUGCCGACCAAGUCGACCAAGAAAAUGACUGACGAGACCAUCGUAUGAGUGCAGAGCAGUGUGGAGAGGAGUAUUUAAAAAAACGCCCACUGAAGCACUCUCUAAAAAAACAUGAUUAAUCAUAUUAAUGAACUUUUGCACUUCAUAUGGACCAUUCUGAGAGGAGAGAGCUGCUCUCCUCUUUUCUUUUCUUUUAUCCAAGCACUUGAUGUAAACUACAAUGGUAUUUACCGACCACAGAAAGUGGUUUUGUGAGGAACUCAUUCUGGAGUCCCAGCUGAUGUUGAAACACAGAGUCAAUGUUGGACAAUGAGCGCUGGGAUGUGAAAACGACUGAACACGUGGAUAAUGGACUAACCAGCCCAACUGUGUGUCUGUGACACAAACUUAUGAAAUACUAAGACACAAGCUAAUGUAGCAGGAUAUAACUGAUUCAGCAUGCUACUACAGUAUAAUAUGAAACAUAUUCACUACCUAUAAUUCCCCCAUGCCCCUUCACAAUGUAUUUACCUGUUUUUGAACAAAGGGCAGUCAAGAGCCCGGCAGAGGAUGAUAAUCCAGAGACAUGAUUGAUAAAGUGUAUCUGUGAAUAUUCUUUAAUGACAAGCAGAGAGCGACCGAGCUCAUACCAACCAUCUUGUCUUUAAUCUGAGACUUUAAAAGUUUGGGAAUGAAACAAUUUUCCAGUGUAGACAACAGCUGAGGCAUCACAUAUUUAUCACGCUUGUAACGGGGUCAGUGAAGACUGAAGUAUACAGAAUAAUACCAGCUGCAGCCGUCAAACGGCAUCAUGGAAACAAAGUACAAAGUAUAACAAAGUAUUGAAGGCGCAGAAAAGUGUUAAGAAUUAGACAAUGUCAGAGAAGUGCAUUACAGCCCUGCUCCACUUGUAAAUGCACCAUCCAUUGACUGAGCUGCCUAGCAAUGACCAGUAGUUUACCCUCCAUCACAAAAGAUGCAACUUUCAGUAGAGGAGAACCAGUGUUCUGCAUAGUGAGAUCACAGAGAAGUCUGUCCUCUAAAAGAACACAGAGAGCUAUCAGAGCAGGCUGGUACUCUGUAAAGGUGCAAAAACACUAAUGUGAUCUGAGAUGUCAAUGUAUGCAGCGUAUGCUAAACAAAGUAUUUUGUGUAAUUGUAGUCUUCCUGCUGCAUCCCCCUGGAAAAGUUGGGUUAUUGUGCAAUAAAACACGAGGGACUCCUGGACUAAAUCCAUGUGGAAUGUAACUUGUCUGGUGGUUUGAGGUAAUUCCGUGUCUAAUAAUCUUCAUGUGGGCUUUGGAAAUAACAGUUUAUCUAAUAAUCAAUACUGUGGGGGUCAUGCCAUGAGACUUUAUCUUGUGCAAGUACUCUGAAUUGUUUCCCCAUGCUUUUAUGUGGGGAACCCUUUCACAUUAUUUUCAGUACAUUGAAAGUUCGUAUGGUGUGAAUAACAUCUGUAACAUGAUGAUGUGAGUGGUUACGUUUACCUGGAUUAUCGCCAUUUUAAUCGGAUCUGUAUUUCUGCCAUCCAGAUGUUAGUCUCAGCUCCAUGUAUUUUAUGUCUAAUAGUUACUUAAGAGAUUAAGCACAUAAAAGUCAUACUUUUAUACAGUUUUUCAUAUCUUUUAGACUGGGGGAACAAUAUCUGCCCCAUGUCACAUUGAAUAAUUUGUUACCAGACCUUUAUGUUGCUCUUUCUUCCAUCAAAUAACGUGCCAUGCAGAGAUCUAUCAGGACCUAAAGUAGGACCCAUUAGCCACAAAGAAAUAAAACUAUCUCAAUCUUGACCUGAAA